AUGUUCAAAGUGCUCGAAGAAAAAACUGGUAUCGCAAAUUCCUACGUAAACGUCGAUAAUGUUUACGAUAUAACAAGAGAGUUAAAUAACAAUUUGACGGACAAACAACCACCAUGGGUGUUCCAAACUUGGCUUGAGUAUGACAAUCGCAGUACAAUGGAUAUAAUAAGUGAAAUGCGAUGUGUACGCAUGAUGACAAAUUUUGAUUCCCCUGACAAGGCAAGGGAAAAAAAGAUCUUUGUUGAACGCUAG